AUGUCGUAUCGCGAUCAAGCCUGCGGCCAAGGAUCCCAAGAGACGGGCCGACAUGCUGCAUCGACUUGGCACUCUGCAUCGCUCUCUAUCGUGCUGCACAGAGAGCACAAAAUUGCGGCUGCGGUCGUGGAACAGGAGACUUUUGGCAUUUUUGACCAGUCGACAAGGACGACCAAUACGAGGCACGAAAGGACAAACAAAUCUGGCCAGUCAAGGCGGACAUGCUGUGCAACAUGCAGCUCAACACAAUCCACACAAUCCACAGCCUCGCCCGGAUCGACCGGGCAACGGAUAACUGCAGAUGCAAGCAAAAGCAAAACGUACAACACGCAGACGGACAUACCGUGCAUGGGCGGCGAAUCGACAAAACGGGAUCGACAUGGCAGGCUGCAACUGCACGUCGUAUCACGCCGAAUCACGUCGUAUCGCCGGCAGAGGCCAGAGCAACGUCGCAGCGAAUUUAGCCUCGUCUUGUACGGCGCAAGGCCAAGUGCCGGCGCCAUGCUCCAUGUUCUGCUGCAGCGCCUGUCGCGGGCCAUGGAGUGCCGGAGGGCGAGUCGCUUGUUCUGCAUCGCCGCGGAAAAAAGCCCGUUCGUGUCCAGGUCUGACGAUCUGCAAACAUGCAUCAACGUGGACGGGAGUAAGACACUGGAGACGGCUUUUCGCGUCCACAUACACCGUCAACCAUGCUCUGUCCAAGGCGCCUAA